CUUCCUUCCUUCCGGCGACAUAAGAGGGCGCGUAAUUUUGACCAGUUUCUUUCUCUCUCUCUAAAAAAACACACCAAUUAAUAAACGAACAUUCCUCUUUUUGCUUUGUAUACGCGCAAAUAUUUGAUUUAGGACAAACUUUCAGUUUAAAAUGAGAACUUUGGAGGAGGUUCAAGCCACGCUUGAGAUCGCCAAGCUGAAAGAGGAAGAUCUGCAGAAAACGAUUCAAUGUUUGUCAUUUGGAGAGAACGUCUCAUCUGCGGACUACUGCCUGAUGGAACUGGAUGACACAUUGUGUAGACACAUAGAAGCGGGGAAUAGCUUGGUGAUCAGAGGGGACAAAGAUGAGCACGCAGUACUGUGUAGCGGCGACAAAACGUACGAUUUGAAGAUAGCAGACACGUCCAACCUGCUGCUGUUUCUGCCAGGAUGCAAAACACCCUUACAACUCACCAGCAGCCAGGAGAACACACAUCUCGUUCACGCUCAGAUCUGGGGCUUCUGUAAUAGCUAUUGGGAAGUCAAGAGACAGCGUCCUAAAGUGAAGAAGUUAAUGAGAGCUUUAAGGGAGAACCCAUACACAGGUCCUGCCUUAGGAGGGCAGCAGGAGACCACAGAAAACACGUACACUAUGGAUGAUCUGCUGGAGACGAUUCAAGCCAGUGAAGAGGAACUUAAGAACCACUUGAAGGCAAUCCAUGCCUGUCAGAUAAAUGGCCGCUGGCGUGUGCUUGACUUUGACUAUGAGAUGAAGUUGCUCGGUCAUGUGACUCAACUGGUGGACUCUGAGUCAUGGUCUUUCAAUAAGGUUCCACUUGAAGCCAGUUUGGAAGAGUUAAGCUCACUAGAGCCCAGAGAGAUGAUUGAACACUGUUUAAACUGCUAUGGGACACGGUACAAUGAAAAUGACAAGGUGUUUUAUGCGCUGGAUGAGACUAAAGUUUGUCGAGCUACUGCGCUCAUGUUGCUGAAGAAUGCCAUCAAGUUCAACCUGAUGGAAUUUCAGGAGGUGUGGCAACAGAGUGUACCAGAUGGCAUGAGCACCACUCUAGACCAGCUCAAGAGUGUCGCCCUUGUUGACUGCACCUCCCGCCCCGAGACCAUCUGCCUUCUUCAGGUUGAAGAUCUCCCAGAGAACACGUUGGAGCGCUUCAACCAUCUUUUUACAUUGCGAGAGAAAUGGACGGAGGAGGAUAUUACACCUUAUAUAGCGGAUCUCUGCGGGGAGAAACAGACCACAGGAGCACUACUGACCAAAUAUGCUCGAUCUUCAAUGCACAAUGGUGUCAAGAUGUUCAACUCUAGACGGCCCAUCGCGACUUAAACAUUACACUCAUACUUACUAUCACUUCUAGAUUUAGACAUGUUCGAUACAGAAUUUUGGUAUUUAUCCUGUUACUGUUGGUGGUUUUCUGCCUACCUCAGUUUUAAAUAUUUGUGUAUUCUAAAUAAUAAAUUUGUGCUACUAUCACUUGAGUGACUGUCAAAUAUUUUUUCUCCACUAAAUCAAAUACACAGAAAAACAGUCUAC